AUGAGCACUCACGACCUCUUGCAGACCGAAGCUGUCCUGGACGAGGAAGAAGACGAGUCCUUCGGCGAGGAGGGCGGCCAGUCAAAGGAUGUGGAAGAGAAUGGUCACUACGAUGACUCCAGCGAAGAGGAGCUAGACGACGAAGACGAGGAUGCCGUGCGUGCGGUCCGAGAAGGCUUUAUUGUCGAUGAAGAGGAAGAAGACGAAGAGCGGACGGCCAGGCGCCGGGAGAAGAAGAAGCGUCGGCGGCAGGAGCGUAUAGAGGAAGAAGAGCUGCUGGACGAAGACGACCUCUACCUGAUCCGAGAAAACAACCCCGACUUUGAACUCCCCAUGCACAAUGAGUCCAAGUUCAAGCGUCUAAAGCGCGGCCACAAGGUCGGACGGGACCAGCCACAGGGCAUCAACGACAUCUUCAAUUCAGACGAGGAAGAUGAAGUAGAGACAUACGGACGUGGCAGAGACCGGAGGAACAUGCACGAUGACCUCGACGACUUUAUCGAAAAGGAUGUCUUCUCAGACGAGGACGAGCGCCAGCAGGAGGACGAGGAGAUCGCCCGUCCAGCCAGAAAGGGACUCUCUGGUUUCGCCGUGACCGAAGCCACUGGGCUCGACGAAGCCGCUCUCGAGGAUAUGCGCAUGGCCUUCGGAGACGGGAAUGACUAUCUUUUCGCCCUUGAGAUGGAAGACGAGGAAGAGGAGCAGGAAGAGGACGAGGAGAAGCAGCUCGACCUCAAGGACGUGUUCGAACCCUCGCAGCUCGCCGAAAAGAUGAUGACCGACGAAGAUAACAUCAUACGUUCGACAGACGAGCCCGAACGGUACCAGCUUGCCAGAAAGCCAUACCAGCAUGUCACUCUGACCGAGGAGCAGUUCAGAGAAGAGGCUGUCUGGAUAUCAAACCUCAUGCUGCUGAAAAAGCGACUCGAUUCAGAUCUACAUGAACCAUUCCAGCGGGCGGUCGCAAAGGUCCUCGAGUUCAUGGUUACGGAUGACUGGGAAGUACCUUUCAUCUUCCAGCACCGAAAGGACUACCUUAUCCAUGCUGUCAAGAUCCCGAUUCCCGACGGUGGGACCAACCCUGAUGGAGGAAAGUACAUCGUCGAGGCAGAGAAGCUGCUCAGCAUGAUCGACUUGUGGGAUAUCUUCGAGUACGACCUUAAAUUCCGUGCCCUCAUCGAUAAACGAAACACUCUCCAGACCACAUACGAUAACCUACAGACGAUAGCCAAUGUCAAGGACGAGAUGUUUGAGGAAAUGCUCCCCGCAGCCAUUACCAUGGAAGAGCUCCAGGAUGUCCAGGACUACCUUUACUUCCAGUACUCUAUAGAACUCAAGGACAUGGCUCUCGCCACCGCCAAUCACGAAGGAGAGAACGGCACUGCCGCCCAGCGCCGUAAGGCCUCUACCAAGACCUUCUUCGAGCGUGUUCGCAACAGCCGUGCAUAUGGACUGGUUCGUGCAUUCGGUAUCACUCCCGAUGCAUUUGCGCAGAACGUCAUGGAGACUGGCCGGAGACAAUAUAUUGACGAUGCAAGCGAGAAACCCACCGAUAUGGCCGACAACCUCCUGGACUCGAGCUUCUCCAACGGAGCCCAUGCCAUGAAGGCUGCACGCUCAAUGUUCGCUGAAGAACUUACCAUGAGUCCCAGGGUUCGAAAAGUCAUGAGGCAGGCCUUCUACAUGAGUGGAGUGAUCGAAUGUUACCGGACCGAAAAGGGAUUAAAGAAGAUUGACGAACAUCAUCCAUACUACGAAUUCAAGUACCUCCGUGACCAACAGAUCUCGGAUAUCGCGCGCCGGCCUGAGCUCUUCUUGCGCAUGCUCAAGGCCGAGGAAGAAGGUUUGGUUGAUAUAAAAGUUCACUUCAAGGACUUUGACAACUUCAAGAAGCGCCUUUAUCCUGAGAUCCAAUCUGAUAACUCCAGCGAGGUUGCAGAUGCAUGGAACAAGGAGCGAAAGGACGUCCUAGAUCUGGCUCUCAGCAAGCUGGAAAAGAUAAUGAGUAAGGGAGUCAAGGAGAAUAUCCGCUCAGAGUGUGAGAACCAUGUUGCGCGCGAGUGCAGAGAAGUCUUCUCGACAAGACUCGAUCAAGCUCCGUAUAAGCCCAAGGGAAUGAUCCUAGGAACCAUCCCACGAGUCUUGGCUCUUACGAACGGAUCUGGAAUCGUUGGAAAGGAUCCUAUCUAUUGGACUUGGGUUGAAGAAGAUGGCCGAGUGCUUGAACAUGGCAAAUUUGUUGAUCUUACCCUUGGCGACCCCGACCGCAUGAUAGCUGACGGAAAGGAUGUGGAAGCCUUUGUUGAACUCGUUGAGCGCCGAAAACCUGAUGUUAUUGGCGUAUCGGGACAGUCUCCCGAAACAAGAAAGCUGUACAAGCAACUAUCAGAGCUUGUCCAAGCAAAGGACCUGCGCGGUGCUUUCUACACAGAUGAGCGAGAUGAGGAAGUCAGUGAUAUCCUGGAAGUUGUCAUCGUUAAUGACGAGGUUGCCAGAUUAUACCAGACCAGCCGCAGAGCUGAAGUUGACCACCCUGGAUUCAGUCUACAAAGUCGAUACUGCGUUGCCCUAGCAAAGUAUCUGCAGAAUCCAAUGAAGGAGUAUGCCUCACUAGGAAGAGAUGUGGUGUCCAUCCAGUUCAGACCUGGUCAGCAACUUAUACCCCAGGACAAGCUAUUAAAACAGCUAGAAACCGCUUUGGUGGACAUGGUCAACCUGGUUGGUGUUGAUAUCAACGAAGCUGUCAGCGAUGUCUCGACAGCCAACCUCCUUACAUAUGUCUCCGGCCUUGGUCCACGAAAGGCAUCUCAACUAUUGAAAGUCAUCAAUAUGAACGGCGGCGUGGUAAACAGCCGUAUGGAACUCUUGGGAGUCAAUGCCCAGUACCCAGCCAUGGGAGUCAAAGUCUGGAACAACUGCGCUAGUUUCCUGUACAUUGAUUAUGACAACGCAGACCCAGACACAGACUACCUCGACAACACUCGUGUCCAUCCUGAAGAUUACGAUAUCGGCAGGAAGAUUGCUGCUGAUGCCCUUGAGCUCGAUGAAGAAGAUAUCAAGGCAGAAACAGACGAGAAUGGACAAGGCGCCAUUGUUCGAAAACUCAUCAAGGAAGAUGCCCAAGAUAAGGUCAACGAUCUUCUUCUCGAAGAAUACGCCGAGCAGCUGGAAAACAACCUAAACCAGCGCAAGAGAGCUACUCUCGAAACCAUCCGUGCCGAACUGCAGCAACCCUACGAAGAGCUACGAAAACAGUUUGUGUUCCUCGGUACCGAUGCCAUUUUCACAAUGUUUACCGGUGAAACCGCCGAGUCGUUGGCCCAGGGCAUGGUUGUGCCUAUCACCAUCAAACGUGUCUCGGACGACCAUAUUGACGGCAAGCUUGACUGUGGAAUCGAUGCUCUUGUACCCGAGUCAGAAAUGACAGAUAGAUACGACAUUCCUGUUCGAAGUCUCUACGCGCCUCAUCAGACUACUUUGGCGAAGAUUACCUACCUAAACCGAAAGUCGUUUGUAGCCAACGUUUCUCUCCGAGAAGACCAGGUGAACAAGCCAUACCGUCGACAACUAGACCACAUGCGCGGCGAAUGGGACGAGGAUCAAGAGCGAGAAGACCAGGAGGCUAUGAAGGAGAAGACCCAGACCGACCAACGUGCUCUGCGUGUUAUCAAACACCCACUCUUCCGUCCGUUCAAUGGCAGACAAGCAGAGGAAUUCCUUGCACCUCAGAGCCGUGGUGACGUCGUAAUUCGUCCUUCAUCCAAGGGCCACGACCAUCUUGCUGUUACUUGGAAGGUAGCUGAUGGAGUAUACCAGCACAUUGAUGUUUUGGAAUUGGACAAAGACAACGAGUUUACCGUUGGAAGAAUCCUGAAGAUUGGCGGUAAAUAUUCGUACACUGAUCUCGACGAGCUAAUAGUCAACCACGUCAAGGCCAUGGCCAAGAAGGUGGAUGAUAUGACGGUGCAUGAGAAAUAUCAGAGCGGCACCAAGGAGGCAACAGAGGGCUGGUUGACGACAUACACCACCGCCAACCCCAAACGAUCAGCUUAUGCCUUCUGCCUUGAUACCAAGCACCCCGGAUACUUCCACCUCUGCUUCAAGGCCGGGUUGAAGGCACCACUGAACAGCUGGCCUGUCAAGGUGAUUCCGCAAGGCUACGAACUGCAACGUACUCCAUACCCCGAUAUGCGAGCUCUCUGCAACGGAUUCAAGCUUCUUCAUGCCAACAUGCUUGCCGCCCAACAACGACGUGGACGGUGA